AUGGCGGAUAACGGAUGGGGUCCCACCCCUCACGAGGAGGCCGUCUCGGCUCAGGCCGCGGGCGCCUUCGACACUGCGGACAUGCAGAAUGCACUGCCUGCCAACGGCGGCAACGAUGACACCGACAAGAAGGCAGACACCGGUCGUUGGGUGGAGGCCACGCCUUACGACUACUCUGCGUAUUGCACCAACGAGGGCCAUGAAUGGGAGGGCAACGCUCGGGUCUACGAGUGGGAUGGCGAAGAGGGCGACAUUGGUCCCGAAUUUCCGGCUCUCGAGAUUGAGCUUUUCGGCGACCCGGCCAAGCGGGUGAGCGCGGGCAUCGAUUUCAGCAAGAUCGCCUCGAUUGAGUUGUACCAGGAGGGCCCUGUUCGUGUUGACCCGAUCGCUUCCUUUAAGGAUGCCGGGCUGCACCCUGCCAUGCUGCGGAAUGUCGAGCUUGCGGGCUACAGCGUGCCGACUCCUAUCCAGCGUUACUGCCUGCCUGCCAUUCACCUCGGUUAUGAUGUGAUUGGCAUUGCUCAGACCGGCUCGGGCAAGACUGCAGCGUUCUUGAUUCCCAUCCUGAACAAGCUGAUGGGUAAAGCCAAGAAAUGGGCCGCUCCCCGUCCGAACCCUGCCACCUUUCAAGAGGGCAUCGACCGUGAAUUGCGCGCUGAGCCGCUGGUCGUCAUUGUCAGUCCCAAUCGCGAGCUUGCGGUCCAGAUUUUCAAUGAAGCCCGCAAGUUCUGCUACCGGACGAUGCUGCGCCCGUGUGUCGUCUACGGCGGCAAUUCCACCAAGAAGGAGCAGAGGACCCAGCUGCAAAAGGGCUGCGAUGUCUUGAUCGGCACCCCCGGCCGUCUCGUCGACUUCCUGGACGACCCCAGCAUUUUGACUCUCCGCCGUGUGCGCUACAUGGUGAUUGAUGAGGCGGACGAGCUGCUGAACCAAGACUGGAAGGAGCAGCUCGACAAGAUCAUGUGUGGUGGUGAACAGGAGGAGGGCCACAUCAAGUACAUGCUCUUUUCGGCCACAUUCCCAAAGCAAGCCCGGGACUUGGCCAAGACGCAUCUCGCCGAGACGCACGUUCGACUGCGUGUUGGCCGCGCGGGCAGUUCGCACGAGAACAUCAAGCAGAACAUCAUCUACGUCGAUCCUUCGCUGAAGAAGCAGGCGUUGAUUGACUUGUUGAACUCUUUGCCGGCCACCCGCACGAUCAUCUUCGUCAACUCGAGACGUGCGGCUGAGGAGGUGGAUGACUACCUCUACAACCUGGGCUUACCUUGCACGUCCAUCCACUCUGAGCGCAACCAGGUGGAGCGUGAGGCCUCCAUGCGUGCUUUCCGUAGUGGAAAGUCGCCGAUUCUCAUCGCCACUGGCAUUUCGUCUCGCGGCAUCGACGUGCGCAAUGUCAUGCAUGUCAUCAACUACGAUCUCCCUUCCAUGGAGUACGGUGGGAUUGAGGAGUACACUCACCGUAUUGGUCGGACGGGCCGCAUUGGCCACCGUGGUCUGGCUUCGUCCUUUUAUUCCGAUCGAGAUGAGCCGAUCGCGUCCGUUCUCACCCGCACUCUGCUAGAGACCAACCAGGAGAUCCCGGAUUUUCUUCAGCAGUAUGUUCCCGAGGGCGCAACCCCGAGCAACCUCAAGUUCGAGGCCGAUUCGGACUUUGAGGAAGAGGCCACCGGCACCGGCGCAGGUGGCGGCGGUUGGGGUGCAGGAGAUGCUGACGCUGGCGGCUGGGAUUCAGGAGUUCUUCAGAAGAUCUUGGGCACUGAUGACCGUGGCAAGAUGAGUCGCUAG